CUCUUUACUCUGUGAGCUCGUGUUGGUGUAAAGACUGCUGCUUCACUGUGCUGUCCCACACAUCGGAAAGCAUCGCCCGACUGCGAGGAUGUUUUCAUAUUAAUGCGCAGCACACGUGGUUUAUAACCGCAAUAUCUAAAGCUGAGGGCAACGAGAAGUCGCCCAAGGAGGAAAGAGAAAGAAUCCGUAAACCUUCAGUAGGUGGGAAGCGCGCGAGGGUUUUAAUGAAGAGCACGAGACGGUUUCAAAUUGUAGCUCGAGCGCAUUGCCACAGAUAAAAACGUAACGCUCGUCGUUGUUCUGCAAUUAUCGUCUCGGAAACGUUCCCCUUGAGUGUCUUCAACAAAGGAGAGGGGAUUACCGAGCAACAUAUAUGUCUCAACAUGCAAAUAACCCUCUACUGUGAAAGUUUGUCGUCUUCUACGAGGGGAGAUAACGGAGCUCGAGUCCACACACGGCAGACACGCGUCUAUCUAGCGCUGGAUUGUGUCUCAUUCGCGUCUUCAAAAUGAAGAGAAGGCAAAAGCGCGUUCUGCAGAUGGCAUUUCUAUUCAUGGUGGCUUUAAUUUUUCUGCCAAACGUCGGCCUUUGGUCAAUGUACAGAGAGAAGAGCCUUAUGAAGUCGCAUGAGCCAGGAGAGCAGGGCUUCCCACUGGGCUUAAAUGAUGGCCACAUUUAUACCUGGACAGACGGUUUGAGAAGAAGAGACUGGCACGACAACGAGAGCAUCAGGAAAGACAGCCAACGUGUUGGAAAAGGGGAGCAUGGGAAACCGUAUCCGCUCACAGAGGACGAGUGUGAUGACUCAGUAUACAAAGAGAAUGGCUUCAACAUCUAUGUCAGCAACAAUAUCGCUCUGGACCGCUCCCUUCCUGACAUCAGACAUCCAAACUGUAAGCAGAAGCUGUAUCUUGAAAACCUCCCAAACACAAGUAUUAUCAUCCCGUUCCAUAAUGAAGGCUGGUCCUCUCUGCUCAGAACCAUCCUCAGCAUCACCAACCGCACACCCGACCACCUGAUCGCAGAGAUCAUACUGGUAGACGACUACAGUGACAGAGGCUGGUCCUCUCUGCUCAGAACCAUCCUCAGCAUCACCAACCGCACACCCGACCACCUGAUCGCAGAGAUCAUACUGGUAGACGACUACAGUGACAGAGUGGGUGAUAAGGCUGGUCCUCUGGGUGUUGGUGGUCCACUGAUUAAUGCGAAGACAGGUCAGGUGACCAUGAGGAGAAGAGAUAAGACCUGUCCGGAUGCCCUUGGACAUUUUGCUGCCUUGUUUGCCAUGAUGUUUGAAGCAAGAAUCAAUCCUCUUGUUGGCCGCCUCAUGGAGACUGUCGAUAGUCACCUAUUAUCAGGCCGUGUGGUGAUUGACAAAAAAAACAGUGGCACCUUCAGUCUGUGGAGAAGACAACACCUUACAAAUCUAAGUUGA